AUGGUUGUUACUAAGGAAAAGUUAAAACAAGACAAUUGUCUUUCGGCCAACAUUUUGAAUGUAUGAAAAGAAAAUGAAUGGCAAAAUAAGUACGGUAACUUUUAAAAUUGAGGACGUAUAUGUCAAUAAAACUUCUGAUGAGGCAUCAAGUCAAAACUCUGAAGAUAAAGACGAGGAGUGUAAAAAAGUCAUAUAUCCAGAAGAAAUUUCAUCAGACUUUGAUACAGAUUUGGAUAUAAUCCCUCCAGAAAAAGAACAGAAAACAAAUGCAGAAACUUGUAUUCAUAUAUACAAAACGUCUUGUUCCAAUCUUGGAAAUUAUCCACCGCAGCAGAAGAUAAUCGAUACCUUGGAUAAACCAAUGAUGUCUUUAUCUUCACGAUCAUUAGGACCAACAUCAAUUAGACCACUUUGUUUGGCUUUAACUGAAAACUUGAAGGUAGAAACACUUAACUUGGAUGGAGUUGACCUUCAAGAGGAAGGAUGCAAAUAUGUUUCCGAAAUGUUAUUGGAAAAUUCUUCCAUUUGUAGACUUAAUAUUUCAAAAAAUGGACUUGGUCCUAUUGCAGCAAAAUAUUUAUCGAUUGCUAUAAUGCAAUCACGAUUUCUCCAACAACUCAAUUUAUCAGAAAAUAAGUUUGACUUUGAGGCGGCUCUUAGUUUAUCAAGAGCAAUUGCAAAGAAUGAUAGAAUCUGUAACAUCGAUUUAAGUAAGAAUGGAUUUUGUUCAAGAAGUGGAAACGUUAUAGGUUCAGCAAUAGCUGAGAAUAAAAAGCUCGAAAAACUUAAUCUGAGCUGGAAUGAGAUAAGAGGUAAAGGUGCCGUAGCAGUUUUUAAAGGAAUUAUGGUAAAUACAUGCUUGAAAUCAAUUGAUUUAUCUUGGAAUGGACUAGGAUACGAAGGCACUUUAUCGCUGUGUGAAGCAUUGAAAAGAAACAGAACUCUGCAGACCAUUGACAUUUCAAACAAUAGAAUUAACUGGAAAGCAGCUGAGAUCCUUAGUAGGGCACUCUCAAAAAACACCACAUUACAGAUGCAUCGUUAUUCAAUUCAGGAUGUUCCUGUAUUGAGUGAAACGACUCUUCUUGCAUUUGUGAUAAAUAGACAACGACCCUUUCAGUUUUUACAUGGAGAUGUAGUCCAUACACCAGACGUCCUUGGACAAAGAUUUGUUUUACAAGCAACAGCAAUGCAACGAUUAUUGGCUUAUAUGAAACGUUUAGGGAUACGACCCGUGGAGCUUCUAAGAGGAUUUGAUAAAAGUGUACAAUUUGACAUCACAAAGGACGAAUUCAUUCAGCGAUUAAAGAAAUGUGGUGUACAUUUGUUCAAGUUUGAGAUGGAUGCACUAGCAAAUUCUAUAGCUAUGAAUGGAAAUAUCAAUUACAAGCUUGUGGAUGCUGUAAAGGAAGAAAUAUAUGGUGAAAGAAGAUUGAAAAUCAAAGAAAGACAAAAAGUAAAAAAAAUCAAAGAACAACAUAAGCGAAUUUUAGAUCUAAACCUACCAACAGAAGUUGUAUCUACUGAUGACGAAGAGCUUAUUGUAGUGACUAAACAACAAGGAGGAACACAGAUUAAGAAACUACCAUCAAUAGCUUCUACAAGUUAUCACAGUAUUUUGUCGUCUGCUAGUAAAAUUUCACUAUCAAAUAAGGAAGAUCAAAUAUCUGGACGAGGGAAAAAAGCAAAUGGCAUAUCUUACAGUGCACCACUUGGUGGAAUAGUAGAGCCAGCUAAAAAACGAAAGAAGAAACGACACAUAAAGAAACAACCUGUCGUCAAGAGCUGGAUGUCCAAGGUUGCAGUUUGAUGAUGAAAAUUUACUUGAAAUAGAUACUAAAAAGGACGUGGUUACAUCCAUUUUAUCGUAAUAAAUAGGUGUUAGUUAGCACGUACAUCAGUUCUGCUUUUAAAGGAACAAACU